AAUAAUAAAAAAGUAUCUAUGUAUUACUAAUUAAUUAAUCACUACUAUCACUCUCAAAGAUAUAUUCAAUAUUAUCUUCCUCAGAUGUAGAAUAAUCUUCAAAUUCGUCCUUUUCCUCCUCAUCCUCUUCCUCAUAUUCUCUAUCAUCAUUCAUAGACUCAAACUCGACAUUAAUGGUAGAUGCAGUCCCAUCAGUAUGCUGAAUAGAAGAAGAAAGUCUUUAUCUGUCCUAAAAGCUUUUGAUCUACCCCCGGAAUCCAACGCUUGAACCUCUGCCGCUGUCUGGUGCCGCUUGCCUCCCCUGUCGUCGCUCCUCUCGCUCUAACCCUCUGACUCUGCAUCUCGCUCUGUUUCAUAGUCUACAUGGAAAAUGGAACAACUUUAGCUUCAGCAGGGCUGUUCAUUAUCCGAUAUCACUCCUUCUAUCCCUUGCAUAAGGAAGGAGCCUACAUGCACCUUCUUAAUGAUCAGGAUAAGGAGGAUCUGAAGUGGCUCAAGAUAUUCAAGUAUUAAUCUAUAAUGUCCCUUACGUUUUG